AUGGGCGCCAAGGAGACACAAGAGGAGGACAACGGCCUUCCAUUCCUGCCGCCGCCGGUCGGAUAUCGCAAGUACGUCGAGGAGAAGGGGAAGAAAGAGGAAGAAAGGGUAACAAUCGCAUCAUUCUACGAGGCCGUCAAGAGAAUGGACAAAAGGGGUCCCAUACACCCGGAAAUUCUGGCCAUGCAGAAGCGCAACGCCAUGGUAGUCACCUUCCGGUGGCUCAAGGACGUCCUCUACAACAUCUUUGUCUACUUUCUCACGUCGCGCUCCUACUACAUCUUUGGCUUCGCCUACUCGCUCUACUUUCUCAAGGAACAGGUCGUCUCGCUAUUCAACUGCCAGAACGUCUUUAGGAGGGCCGCACCAAACCUCAAGUUCCACCAAGUCAUCCUCCACAAGGUCGCGUACGUGGCGCUACACCUCGUCGCCAUUUAUCUCAUACUCAAGAGCAUACACACCAACGGCUACAUUCCCAUGAGACUCGCCGACUACAUUCACCUCUUUCCAAUGACCGAGUACAGGAGCUCCACCCUGUUUGUCCCCUAA